UACCUGAUCGGGUACCCGGGUUGCAUGCCCAAAAUCCUAUAAAUACACCCCCUUCCCUUCACAAUUAGACCACCAAUUCACAUAUACUUCUUAGCUCAUUUUAGACAAGUUCUUUCUUUAUAUUUUCUUCAUGUGUAGUCUCCAAAUUAGGAGCUAAACUCUUCCAUCUUGGUUUUGCUACUUUGAAGCUUAAUGAAUUUGGAUGCAAAAAGUGUGGUAUAAGGCGCGUCUCCUAGAACCUUUUCCGCCUAGGGGUAUAUGAUGCGAUAACUUAAUCAUCUUAGGGUGCUUCACGCCUUUGCGCGCCUUAGGCGUGCUUUUAUAAACCUAGCAGGGGCCUCAAUCGCUUUUUGGAACCGGGGCCUCCAAAUUCAUUAGACGGUCCUGUUAUUUCGAUGGUUACAUAGCUAGGUAUAAAGGUCGCUUGGUGGCCAAGGGUUUUCAUUAAUGUCUAGGCAUGGAGUUUACAAAUAUAUUCAGUCUGGUGAUUAAACCGGGUACGUUAUCUGACAAAGUUUAUAUGCAGCAGUUGCAGGGCUUCACUCACGCUCAAUUUCCCGAUCAUGUGUGUCUUCUUCAUAAAGCACUAUAUAGUUUACGCCAAGCUAUCCGGGCUUGGUUUGGAAGCUAUUUGCACACUGCAGGAUUUACAUCUCACGCAACACAAAUACAUCUGAGAUCUUCUUACUCAGACUCAUAUGCAAGAUCCUAGCUCAGUUCCUACACCUCUCUCGUCUGAUGCUCUUCUCUCACUUUAUGAUAAUACUCCUCCUCAUAAUGUCACUGAGUACCGAAGUGUUAUUAGUGCAUUGCAGUAUCUUUCAUCCACCCGACCGGAUAUAAGUUUUGUUGUCAACAAACUCUCCCAAUUUAUGCAUAAACCUUCUACUCAUCAUUGGGAGGCUAUUAAACGUGUUCUCCGGUACCUAAAGGGAACACCUUACUAUGGUGUUUUUAUUUCUGCUCAUACCCCACUCUCUCCUCAUGCAUAUGUUGAUGCAGAUUGGGCCAGUGAUACAGACACACGUCACUCUACUAAUUUUGCUUAUGUAGUAUUUCUUGGCCGCAAUCCAAUUAGUUGGAGCUCAACAGAACAAUCUACGGUUGCCCGCUCAUCUACUAGAGCCGAAUAUCGUGUGAUUGCUUCCGCCACUGCUGAACUCACAUGGUUGCGCAAUCUUCUUCGUGAACUUCAAAUCACACCAACACAAUCCCAUACAGUUUUAUGUGAUAAUAUUAGUGCAACAUAUGUUUGUGUUAAUCCUGUUCUUCACUCCCAAAUGAAGCAUGUUGUUAUUGACUUCAAUUUUUUCCGAGACCAAAUACUCAAGGACUCUUAAGGGUUAGUCACGUAAAUACUCGAGAUCAGCUCACUGAUUCACACACCAAACUCUUAGAUCGUCGGCUAUUCCUAUCUCAUCGGUCCAAGCUCGGGAUCCUUCCAGGACCCAUCUCGCUUGUGGGGGGCAUAAUAGGAUAAACGCUAAUUAUUAUUGUAAUUAUUCCUUGUAUUUAUCCUAGAGCAAGAGUACGUAGUUCACUUGUAGUUAUCCUAUUUGUUCUUAUCACUUAUAACAAACUAAUCUCAUCUCAUGUGAUUAAUUAAUAUAUAUACGGCUAACUACUCUCACGAUGAGAAAUAAGUCUCACUUGAUAAAUAUUCUUUACAAAUAAGAGCCUUCCAAAUGACUCCUACUCAGAGCCGUCUUUUGACAAGUUCAUCAUGUUCUCUGGAACAGGGCCCACCAUUUUUGGGGGUCCCAAAAUUUUUUCCCUUAGUAAUAUUAUUAUUUAGCAAAU